ACAAUAUCAUGCUUUACUAUUUGCGUGAAUUAAAACCACGAAUCACGUUGGUAAAUGCAACACUGUCCGUAUUGUGGAUGGUAAGCGGGCGCAUGUUGUGUACAAAAGGAAACGUCAAAAAGAGCUAUAGAGUUGUGUUAACAAAAAAGAGACCAAGAGAUAAAUCAAAACUUGUGGAUUUUUCGCCGAAAUAAACAUAGUAAAGCGCUUUUAACCAUUUCAACUGCCACGCUAUAGAGAAUCUUUGCCUGCGGCGCGCUCAAAAAGCGGCGACCACUAAACUAUAAAACGCAAUCGCGGUGUGGAGCCAAAACGCACACACAAAUAGACAACGACACGCGCAAGCAAAGGAAGGAGCAGAAUCUGAAAGAAGUGUGUGAAACUAAAAGAAGAUUCGGCAAAUAUAACAACAACAACAGCAAAAAGAGCCACAGAACUUUCGCUACGUGCACACGUAAAUCGAGUACAACUACAAAUUUUGUAAAUUUUGCUAAAGUGGCCGCAGGCAAGCAGCAACCAAAUUAGCCGCCAGAAAUCAGUAGCAGCAGCCAACCACAACAACAAUAAUAACAUCAGCAGCGUCAACAACCGUUGGGAACACAGGAUAAACGUAGUAUCAACAACAGCAGCCACAACAGUAGUAGCAACAGCAUUAGAAGAAUGGAAAAAGUACCAGCCAAACAAUUUGAUUCGAAAAUCUGGCCAGAUCUCGCCGACAGCGACGACAGCGAUGUGGAAAAUGAAAUAGAUGUGGAUAAAUUACCACCAUUGGAGGUUGGGCCCAAUGAGAAUCGCCUGCAGCAUACAUACUGCCUGUGGUUCUCACGCAAAGGCACACAACGGCACACGGAUUAUAGUAAAUCUUUGCAUGUGGUCGGGCGUUGUGCUACCGUUCAGCAAUGGUGGUCUCUAUAUUCGCAUCUGAUAAGGCCGACGGCAUUGAAGCCCUAUCGGGAGUUGAGUCUCUUUAAACAGGGAAUUAAACCGAUGUGGGAGGACCCGGCGAAUAGUAAAGGAGGACAAUGGGUUAUACGAUUGCGAAAAAAUAAGAUUGAUCGCGCUUGGGAGAAUGUCUGUAUGGCCAUGCUAGGUGAGCAAUUUCUAGUGGGCGAUGAGAUAUGUGGCAUAGUGCUGCAAACAAAAUACCCGGAGGACAGCUUAUCAGUAUGGAACCGAACUGCCACUGAUAUGACCAGUACAACACGUAUCCGUGAUACGUUACGCAGGAUAUUAAAUAUACCUCUAACAACGGCAAUGGAGUAUAAGAUACACUGUGAUAGCCUUAAAUAUGUUUCAAUUAAAGGCCCAUUGAAAAGCUGAAAUUCAGUGAAUGACUAUAAACAAAAAACAAAAACAAUAAUUUCACAAACAGAUGAUAUAAGUCACUAGCAAAAAUCCUCAGUAACUACAACUAAAACAGCAACAAACACAACACACCAACUUCAUUUACAUACAACAGCAGCAACAAUCACAGCCACAAACAACUAUAGAUGUAAAGCGUAGAAUACGACAACAAAUAAUUGUUGUUGAUGAGCAGCACAACCAGCCAACAAACACAACGACAAAGAAGCCGCUGAUAAUUCUUUAUUUGUUAAACACUUUUUUCUUACUGCUUAGAGUUAUGCACUAAUUCGAAAUUGAAUUAUUAAAAACUUAUCAACUACUACAAUAUUUCAACAGUCAACCCAAACACAAAUUAGCAAAGAAAAAAACAUUUUCGCAAAAUGUGUGUGUACUUAUGAAUGAAACGCCAUAAAUAGGUGUAUUUUAGUUGUUAUGCAUUAAGCUUCAUACCAUUAGCCAUUCCCAAUUAAGAAAUAAAAGUGUUUAAACCAAUUCGAAAUUUACAAAUUCUAAGUUCCAAACUGUGCUCUCGACUAAAAUGCAACUAACAAAAUAAUUAACUAUAAUUUUUGACAUUUGUAUUUAUAGUCUCAGCGUAUUUAUUAGCUACACAUACAUACAACCUCACGAAAUCCCUCAUUAACAACCACAUGAAUAGAAGGAAGCAGCAGGAGCAGAGCUAACUAGUUGAUAAUAUAUUGAUCUGUUUGAUAUGAUUAUUUUAAAUACCUAAUUAUUUAAGAUAAAAGGGAGAUAAUAAUCAAAUUGUUUGUUUUUGUUUUUGGAAGAAAUACAGUUUUGUACGUGAAGAAAAUA